AUGUUUUGGGACAAUAGUCUCGGAAAAGUGAAGAGUCUCGACUGCUGUAUCUACGUCGGAGCCGCUGAGGGUCUCCUCUUCACUAUUCAGUGUGUUGGUUGUCUGGUCGGUGGUGUUCUCUUCUCAACAUGGGUGACAAUUCUUGCUACAAGUGUGGUGCUUCUGGACACUUUUCCCGCGAGUGCCCUGACAAUUCCGGUGGCGGUUACUCAAGUCGUG